AUGCCCACGGACACUGCGAGAGACGAGUUUGCUUCUAAGUGCAAUGGCGCCCUGUUGUUUGCGCAGAAGGUGGCGAACACUAGUGUGUCGGUUACACGGAAUUCGUGGUCUUCUGUUGAUUUCUCUCGGGACUCUCAUUCAUUCGAUGCAAAAGCAUGUAUGUCUGAUACAUCCCGUCAUGCUGUGCUUGCACGCCAGCGGCCAUCGCCCUGAAGUAAAGAGAACUAGCAGCCAUGAACCAGGCGCGGGCCACGCCUUCAUAGGCGCGGAUUUCGUCGACAUAGGCGGAGACGCCAGCCUAUAUAGGCCCGAAAAGUACAGCCCGCAUCCGCAUAGGCGCGGAUUUCGUCGAUAUAGACGGAGACGGCAGCCUAUAUAGACGCAGACCUGCCUAUGAAGGCGCCAGACGCGCUUAUAUGGGCGCAUGAAUGGAGGCGGCGAAAGAUCCACCCAUAUAGACGCGCUGCGUCUACAUAGACGGCGCAAUGCAGGCGCGCCUAUAUGGGCGCGUUCUGCGCCGAAGUGUACUUGGUUUGAUCGACUCAAUCGAUUUGCAGCGAACGAGGCCAAGCGGCACCCGGAGAAUGAGACAGCACGUGCUCUCGACCCCACCAGCAAGACGCUGCCAGAGGAGAAGCGGAUGCGCUACAACCACAAGGAAGCGUGUCAGAAACGCUUCAGUGCCAAGGGGGACCCCAUGUACGAGGGGUUCGACUCAGAGGUGUGUGAGCAGUUCUUUCGGUGGCUGAACGGCUUUCGGCACAUUUUUCGGCGCACAACGAUCGAGAUGCUGUGCUUGCUGUAUCAGCACCUGUCGCUGCACAACACGCUGCGAAGGGGUGGGUGGAAGUGA